CUAGUACUUUACUCACUCAAAUAUUUUAAAAAAUUUCACAAAAAUUAAAGCUUGCAGCAUCAGUGACGCAGACCCGCAAUCAAUAUUUUCAUUCAUAAACAAAAACAACAACAGACAAGGUCAAUAACACCACGUUUUCUAACCUUUUUAUUCUCAUUUCCAGGUUUUCCUCAUCAUUUACCCGGACUACCCUCAUCACAAGCAGCUCAUUUAGCAGGAGCUGCAGAUUGGAGAAUUCUUAAUAAUCGACCAUUUCCACCAUCACAAUAUUUUCAUCAUCAUCCACAUUUUACGGCACACAAUAUGUUGACGGCAGCGAUUGAUCGAAUGGACCGAAAUUUUAUAGAUGGAAAUAAUUCCAUUGCGGGUCAGACAAAAUUACCGAUGAGUAGCUCACCGAAAAGUUCACCGGAUGUGAUGGAUGGCGGAGCAACAAAAAUUACAGAAAUUUCAUCAUCUAAGGACGAUGACCUUGACAAUGAUAAUGAGAAUAUUUCUGUAACUGGAAGUGGAUCGCCGGAUAUAUCGUGUGUAAGUGAGUCAGAGAAUAAUGGCGAUGUUAAAAUUGAGUCCGGUGCUUUCACAUCGAUAAUUCAAAAGAGUCGUAAAUCCGAAUUUAUGUCACAAUUUCCUGUCAAUUCACACUUUACGGGAUCGACAAAUCCAAUGAUAAAUCAUGCACUAGCUGCUCAUUUAUUCUUUCAAAAUCCUCUCUUACCGCCACCAAAUCAAUGGCUUUAUAAUCAACUGUACAAUAACUAUCAAGAUUUUCCCUGGCUGAGACAUACCUUAGCAACAAACUCAUUGGUUAAUGAAUCUGCAGAAAAUUCAUCAGAAAAUAGAAAUGAAGCUACUUCUUCGCCGUCAUCGUCUGGUCUGAACAUUGUAAAGCGUUCAAUUACUCUGCUAACGAAUAAUAACAAUAAUAGCGAGAAGGAAAACGAUUCAGAUAUUCAAUCCUCAUCAUCACCACCAGUCUCGUCUACAAAACGUUCACCAAGUCCUGAAAUUCAAAUCGAAGUGAUUAAAAAUAAACGAAAAAGGUCUGCGAGUAGUGACUCGGUCAGUAAAGAGAACGAAAUGACACGAAAAACUGAAAAUUUUAUUAAUCGUAGUCGUUUGGGACCUGGCGUGAAGCACAACGACGUAUGGCGACCUUAUUAGACAUGCGAUUUAAUUUUAGACAUUUUUACCGACGGAAUCUUCUUCUUAUCAUAUCAUCGAGUCAAAUGUUUUAAAAGUUGAUACAGAGACAAAGAAUUAUACAGAGUAAGAGGCACACAGUAUGAAAAAUUUGCAUAGCAUGAAUGAAAAAAAAAAGUUUUGUUAGAGGAAUAAAAAUGUACAUAAAUUUUAGAAGUAUCGUCGACAUACACAAAAAAAAGUCCUUUAAUAUAUAAAUAUAUUUAACAAAAAAAAAAUCAUGUAAAGUUUUAAAGUUUU